UCGUCUUCCACCCACAAUGCAUCAUCACAGCAACCACAGCUCUUCCAUGUCUGUGCUCCGAUCGUGGAUGGGAAUUACCGUCGCAUAGACGCUGUUUGGUUGCUCGGAUCACGGUUCGUAUUGGCCGACGGGUGAAAUACUAAAGGUUAAAUGCAAUCCCAACUUUUGUAAUCCGACUAAGCGGGACGUGCAGCGCACCAUGUCAACCAACGCUCAGGAUUAUGACUUUGAUGAAUAUGAGAAACCGGGUGCUGAGCGGUCACGCAGGAGGAGAGGUGAAGAUGAUCUAGAGAGUGAUUUGGAAGAGGAUUUGUUGGAGGAUGAUUGGCUCUCAGGUAAAAAGAAUCCCUCAGAAGUGUCAGAUGAAGAGCUGAAUGAUGACCUUCUUCAAAGUGAUGAUGAUGAUGUAAUUAUGAGUGGUCAGGAUGUGAGCCUCAAUGCCACAUACAGCUUGGGCACAUCCUAUAACCAGCAGGUCAACUCGCAGGAAGCAGAAUACACAGAUGACGUUGUGAACCUGGGUGCAGAGGGCUGUGAAGAAGGGAAUGUAGAGGAGGAGGGGUACCAGCAAGAAGAGUACACAGAGGAAUACAGCCAGGACAACAACGCUGAGAUGCCUGAAGACCAGAUGGAUUACACUGGAGAGCUCGCUGAGGGGGAAGAUGGCUACCAGGAUGAAGUGCUAGACAUCCAAAUCAAUGAGCCCUUAGAUGGUGAAUUUCAAGAUAAUGAAUAUCAAACCUCCUAUGAUGAUGAGCCUCUGGAUGAACAUGGAGUCCAACAGGGGGCGGCCCCAGAGGAGGAGGGGGGAGAAGAGGAGCAGGAAGAGGAGGAAGACACUGCAGUGGGUUCUCAGGUCUUUGAUAAAGAGGAGGUUGAAACAAAGGAGGAAUCAGAUGAGGAGGAUGAGGAAGAUGAAGAGUCUGGACGCAUACGGUUCAAAUCUGAGAGAAAGGAUGGCGCUGUUGUGCGGUUGGCUGACGCAGGCAGUAAUCGGAGGAAUAUCCCUGAAACACUAGAACUGUCAGAGAAAGCCAAGCAAGAUCUGAAGGAGUUUGAGGAACAAGAACGGCAGAAGAGACAAAACCGUUAUGGAGGCAGAGGAAGAGGAGGAGGAGGAGGAAUGCGAGGAAGCAGAGGAAGAGGGGGCUUCCCUGGCUUUGGAAUGGCAGAUUUUAGAGGACACAGAGGAAGAAUGAAUGACCAUAGACUUCCCUUAAUGGGAAACAUGGGCAUGCAGCAGCAGUCCUCCCGAAUGCCUCCUCCUCAUCAGCAGCAACUGCAGUCCCAGCAGCACCACAGUUCGCGUGCAAGAGGGCAUCCUCUCUUCCAAGAGCAUGGGCGCCCACUGGCCCAGCAGCCCCUCCAGCCCCUCAUCCCCCCACACAUGGCUCAUCACCGCUCCCCACCGAUGCGGCCUCAAAUGGAGCCGCCGCCACGUAUGAUGAACUCCCCACCACCUAACUUCCCCCAGCAUCACCCGCAGCAACCUCCACAACCUAAAAACAUCCACAUUAAUCCCCAUUUCAGAGGGCCCACAUCCUCCUCUGUACAAGUGCCCUUGAUGCCUCCUGCUCAGAGCCAGACCAGAUCUGCUGCAGGUCCUCAGAGGUUCCCUGGACCGGGAGACUUCCAGCAGCACAUGCCUGGUAAUUUUGGUCAGCCUCAGCGGCCCCCUCAUCACAUGGAGCCCUUUAGGAACCAGCCACCUCAAGGCCCCCAGGACAGAGAGCCCCUCUUUAUGACAGAGCGCACAGAGUCAACACGUUUUCCCGGGCAGCACAUGUUUGAUCACCAGGGCCCCAGCCCUCUGAUGAACAGCAGUAACAACAUCCACCACCAGCAGCAGCUGCCUGGACAGGGUCACAUGGGCUUUGGUCCACCAGGGCCAGCUUUCAACCAACCCAGCCAGGGCCCGCUUGGACUGUUUUUGAGAGAUCCCCCAAGACCCAACCACCCUCCCCACCAAGGUCACCAAGGAAUGAUCGGCUUGAAUCAACAAGGUGGCCCCCCUCACCAGCCCAGACCAUUCAUGGGCCCUCGUCAGCCAUUUGGUCAGCAGGGGAACAUUUUUCCCCCUCCACAAGUUCAGUUUGGGAUGCAGGUACGACUGAGAGGCUUAAUGCAUGGUCCUCCCGUCUCCCAGCUUCCACAUCACGACUCACUGUCACCCCAUCAGCCCAUGCACCAGCACCAACAGCAGCAACAUCAUAGGCAGGAGGUAUCCCAUCAUCAUCAUCAUCAGCAGCAGCAACAGCUAAAUCUCAGUGAGCCUCGCCCCAUGAUGCACCAUGGCCAGAAUCCCUUCCAUCAACAGCAGACACAUGGUAGCCCCAGGCAGAUGACUCCCCGUCCUCAGAACCCCCAACAACGCAACAUGAACAACAGGCAGAGGAUGAACACACCUGUCUCCAAGCAAAUGCAGCAGCGCAACAGCAACCUUCGGGAGCUCCCUGUAGCACCUGGCAACACAAACAUGAAUUGUGCCCGCCCGGCCUCCUCCCCCGCCGCCAACGUCAGGCCUGUUGCCAAGGCAACACAGGGGGUGCGUCCUGGGCAGAACGCCCAGCCAGUCCCUAACCGUGGUAGAGGAAGAGGCCAAGUUGUUGCCAGUAGUAAGUUGCAGCCUGGGGGAGCAGGCAGGACAGUGGUUUGCAAGGAAAUGAGCCCACCAUCCAGCACCCUGCCACAGGACCCUGAUGAGGACGAGGAGACACGGCAGUAUCGUAGAAAGAUUGAGGAGCAGAAGCGCCUGAGAGAGGAGAUCCUAAGGAGGAAGGAGAUGCGAAGGCAGAUGCAAGCUGGCGUCAGAAAGAAGGAGCUGAUGGACAGGCUUAAUUCCCAGACAAACACUCAAACCCAAGGCCCCACUCCUAUGCAGAUUCAACCGGCACAGCAAAAUCAACAAAUACCACACCCUGUACAACAACAACAGCCGCCGCCACCACCACCACAACAGCAGCAGCAGCAACAACAACAACAGUCACAGCCCGAACAGCAAAGACAAUUUCCUCAGAGAAUGCCACAAUCAUUAAAUCAGUCAUUAAAUAAUUCUAAUCAAGGCAUCCCCAUCCCUCUGCAUGGUGCCUCUCAGACCCUUACACCACGUCCCAAUGUCAAGACACGCCUGCAGAUGAUGAAAGGUAGCACCCCACAGCCACUGGCACCCGGGCCUGUUCCAGACCAGCAGUGGAAACCACCUCAACAAAAUCUGCUGCAGCUGCAACAACAACAACAACAACAACAACAACAACAACAAAGGAACAGUGCUCUGCAGAAUGUAAACAGACCCGUGGCUCAGAUCCAGAAGAACCCCUUAAUUCCUUUGGCGGGCCCUGGCCCGGCUCAGGGUCAGAGUCAGAGUCAAGGACCUAAACCUGGGGCUAAAAGAACUGUGAUGCAGCGAGCCAAGAAUUCUGCUGUGGAAGGUCAGCAGGUGCCGCAAAAAGUCAGAGUCGUCAAACUUGGAGCGAGUGCAAAGGGGCCUGAGGCCACCGGCGGCACAGUGCAGCAACAAGGCACCUGGCCACCAACUGCUCUCAACCAGGGUGUCCAAAGGAAGGUUACCAUGACAGGACAGCAGCUACAGGGACCAGCCGGAACACCGCAGGCUUGUCGAGGGGGCAUGGGAAACCCACAGCAAAACAGAGUUGUGGUGUCGGCCCGAGGUAGAGCGGGUGGUCCAGUGGGUCGAGGUCGUCCAAUGUCCACCAGACAGAGCCAAAAAGUUACAGAGAGCGAACGCUGCACUGUGUCCAUAGAGGGCCUCUCCUCAUCCACAACUGACGCUCAGCUGAAGAACCUUCUCAGAUCCAUCGGCCCCAUCGAGAUGUUCAAAAUGAUGCCACAGCAGAGGAAAGCAAUUGCCAAAUUUUCCAGUCCCCAGCACGCAGAAAGUUUUCAAAUGAGCUUCCAUAGGCACAUGAUUGAUUUGUCCCACAUUGACGUGUUGCUGAUUGAUGGAUGAGGAGCACAAUUGAGCCCAGGAGUCCUGUUACAAGAAGUCACUCUCUCCUGACGUGGGCGCUUCAUGUGUACGGCUCCAACUUGGCAUUGGAGUAUUUCCUCAACCCAUUUCGGGGUCACUCACGAUCAACGUCAGCACGGAAGCAUCAUUCAUCUCUUAUCAACUCGGAACAAUGAACACAGACAUGUGCUGCGAGCCCGCCCGUAUAUGACAUGUAUGUCCACCGAUUGUCUAUUGUUGUAACGUGGCACUGGAGAGACACUAGACCGUUAAUCCUACUUUGAUGUAGUUUGUGAUGAACCUUUUUGUGCAUCUUACACGGACACUUAGUAAAACAUAUCAUGAGAUAAUGGUUGCUCCCCUCCUCAGUAACGUUAAUUACAACAAAAUGCAAAAGGACACUUGGAACGUUGUAAUUCUGGUGCGACAAAUCAUAUUUUUAUUCUUAUUAUUUGUGUCUCUGUGUUUGGUUUACAUGCAGGGAAUGGUUGUGGUAGAUUGUGGCCAGUUUAUUCACGUUGCAGUGUAUCUCCCCUUCUCUAGAUGGCAGUAUUUCAUCACUAUCAGAUCUAAAUUUUUUCCCCCUUCCAACCCAAACCCGCUUUCAGUUAGAAAUGAGUCUCAGAGCAGUUUUGGGGUGAAUAGCACAACCUAGUGGAGAACCUGCAUACAGGCACAGAUGCGGCCUAGGUGGAUGAUGAAACAAUGGACAUGUAGCAUUGACUAAAGCCAAAUGAAUACAGGAUGUAACAUGAAUAAUGUUUCGUUUUUUCUUAAUUCCCAGCAGUUCUGGGAAUUGUGGCUGUGUAGAUUUUCUGAUGUGUUAAGUUCCAGUGCCGCUUCUCAGACAAACUGUUCAGAUCAAAUCUCUAGCUAAAGUUAAUUAACAUUGGUCGUUUGGCUUUGCUCUUUGUUCCGAAUGUUAAGGGAUCUUUUAACUAUUAACACCUGGAAUGUGUUUUGGGUGCGUAUUUUAGUUGUAUGUCUGAUUAUUGAGUUAGAGUGAGCUUUCUAAUAUGUGCUGAGUGUGCUUUGAGGCGGUGUGUUUUUUUAGGUUUUAUAUGAUUACGAGUUGAAUGUAUAUUGUUGGGAAUUUAAUAUUUGUCUUAUUUGGUAGACCAGAAAGACUUGCAUACAGUUUUCUCAGUAUAUACACACGGUUGUUUAAAUUAUUUGAGCUAAAAAUACAUUUGACCCGCUUUCAGACAUAACUGUUCUGAAUCUGUGUCUGUUGAUAAUUUGAUUCUUUAUCAGUGAGCUGAAUUGGGUACCUGGAAUAGCACUUGGCACUUAGCAAUUGGUAACGCAGAUGUUUGGCACAAUAGUAGAAAAGUAAAAGAAAUUCACCAAAAGAAACUACCCCGCAUGUUGAAUGUUCCCUUUUAUAGUAGGCAUUCGCUAUAAAUUCUCGGCUUUAAAGUAGAAUGAUGAUGAUAAUAAUAGUAAAAAUAAUAAUAUUACUAUAUAAAGGUAAAAAAAAAUAUUUCCAAACGUGGGAGAAAGAAUAUACAGGAAGUUGUACAAUCACUAAUGCAACUCUUGAUUUUCUCUGAGCGUGUCCUUGUUUAGGGAAUGCUACCACAACACUGAAAACCUUUAAUUCCCUAAAUACCUAAUUUCCAUGUCUGGCAUUUUUGUUUAGAUGUAGUAAAUUAGACUCUUAGAAAUUAAACUUUUCCAUAAUUCCAUGAUUUUUUUUUUCUUAAUCCCACCACAUUUGCCUAUUCCCCGGUUUAAUAUUUGUCAAACUGAAGCUGGUCCUCUAAAUAUUCAAACAUCCUUGUUUACUAAUAACUGAAGUUCAGUGGUGACUUUUUUGAUCGGGAUCUGACGCAGGAACGUGAGGGGGCAACCAUUAUCUGUGUAGUGAUCAUGUACAUAAGUAGACCAGCUUUAAUCUAAUAUUUAUCCUGUUAAUCUUUUUUUUUUUGAGUUCUUCUUCACUCAUGUUGUAUCGAGUUAAAACAUUUUUAUAUGUAGGAUAUGCUGAUGUGUCCAGACAUAAGUCAUUUUACAAGUGUUUUGUUUUGAAUUUAGAGCCUAAAUGACUGGACCACAUUUCUGUUUAUAAGAUAUCUGACUAAGUUUAAGCAAAAACAAGAAAAUAAAAACAUGGCCAAUAUACCGUGAACAUGCAGGUAUGUAAAUCCGGUCAAACUACAGCCCAAAGAUGUGUGGUUGUGUGUGAUGUCCAUGUGUCUGGUGCCUUUAUGAUGAAGUAUCUUUCUAAUUUGUGCCACAUUUUAAUAAUUUCUACUUUACCAUAUUCUAGUUCUUGGGUAUUCACCUUGAGACGUAUCUCAUAUAUACUUUUGAAACUAUUCACCAACCUGGGAUCAAUGCCCAACUCUUUUUUACGAUUAAUUCUAAUUAAUUUUAUUUAUUUAUUUAUAGACUGUAUAAAUAAUAUGGCAAGAAAUGCUACCUCAUGAAAAUUAAGGGGGAUGCCACUGAAUUAUGCUUUAAUCAUAAACGAGAAAUUUUGCCCUGCGAAUUUAACCUUGAUGUCAUACUGAUGUAGCCUGGGACCCAGACGAAUUCUGGGAGCCCAUUUAAAUUUGCUCUGCCAGGAUACGGUCUGGAUCCCCUCCAUUGGGAGGUGAUUUCCCCCGGCAGAAAACUUGCCGGUCCAAUCACAACCAAUUAUCUGAUAAUUUGCGGGGUUGACACGUGGAGAGAAACAACUUUUCUAAACAACCAAGGCUGCCGUUGAUGAACGAGCAUUUGACCAAAAGUCCCCAAUAUCUUCAAAUUUCUCCCACAAAAAUGGCAACACUGGUUUACAGACGUUGUGGAAUCAUCAUCACAGACAUCUCCUCUCUUCUCUAUUCUGUUGACACUUUCGCAUCGCUCAACGGACGUCACACGAUUCGUCUUCGUCCAUUGGUAACGCCUCUUGGAAAUCGAAAAUGAACCGAGAGUUUCCAGACUAAUAUGCAUUUGAGUAUUAGUGUGGCUCCGCCAGGCUAAUACUGAUGUGCAGCUCCUGAGAAUGAGGAAGAUAUAGGAACAGGUUUGGUUAAUUAUGACUUCACUUGAGUUUGGGGGUUAGAGCAAAUUAUAUCAUAAGAAAAAUUGGACACACAACACGUUGAAAUCCUAAAGUUUUUAAUUUAUCGUCGAAAAAUGAACUCCUGGCUAUGCAUCUGGAUGACAUCACAGAUUAAGUUCGCUAGUUUUGAGAUUCAUGAAGUAAUGGUUCAUCAGUGGUUCUCAAGUAGUUAUAUUUGCCUGUGUUUUCUGCAUGUGUAAAUCAAAUUCAUAAAUUUAGUGGUAUUUCCCCUGAGUUAGUUAAUACUUGAAAUAAUACCAAAUCUAUGAAGUUGCUCUUGGGGAUCCUUGCCAGUAAAGGUCACUAGAUUCUCACUUUGCUUUUAAUUACCAAAGGGAUUUGGACGGACGCGGUGUCUAAAUGUUCAAGCCAUAAAAUUCUUUCUUUCUUCUUGUAAAAGGUUGGUUGGGUUUUGAGUAUUUUCUAUGUUGUACAGUUGUUCUAAACUGACUUCUUUAUGUUUUAAUCCUUUUGUUUUGAGUUCAACUGAUGUGGAAAUUUUUUGUUCUCAUGAAAUGUAUUUUCUGUCUUCCAUGUUGUGGGUUAUGCGUGAUUUUCAGUCUUGUGGUAAAUCCUGUGGAUUUGAAAUCGUAUCGGCAAUGCCAGUCAUAGUGAUAUUGUUAUAAGACAUCCGGUCUUGUAAUGCCAGAACAGAUUCAUAUUGAAUCUAUUUGUACUUAAUGCUAAGAAUUUUCUUACAUAUAUAUAUUUUUAUAUAUAUAUAUAUAUACACCUUGAGAUUUUAGAUAUGAUGCCGUUUUCUGUGCUCACUGUCAGAUGUGUACGGGGCUUCUUUGUGUCUGCAUAAGGGACCUUUAUAAAUGCUGCUGAAGACUAGUAUCCAAAUGUUUUACUGGUUUGGGGUCAAAUAUGCAGCUCGUUUGAGAUCUGCCCAACACUAACUUCAAACUUUUUCUUCAACAGGUCCAUUUGGUGAUUAACGGGCACUGAGAUCUCGCAGGCUGUGGCUGAAUUAAUAAUCAUUUCAUUCUUUCUUUUUCCUCCAGGUCACAUCCAUGUCUACAGAGUGGUUUCACAAACAGUGAUCAGUGUAGUAGAAGUCAAACGGCUUCACCAAGUGCUUGGCAUGUUUUAGCAAAUCAACAAGGUGGGUUGUAAAUGAGUAAUGAUUUGCUACUGACCGUAUUACAAAUAAUACAAUUUGAGAAACAUUUUUUUCCAGCACUUAAAACUCAUGCAUAUUUCAUGAUAAUGCUUGUACUUCACGUGAUAUUUGAUUUGGCCAGUAUAUUGUUGAUUUGCUAAAACUAGCUCCAGUUUCUACCUCUAAUGUAAUCGUCCAUGGCAGGUCAUUCAACAUUACUGACUGCUGUUUUUAAGACAUUUCCAGAUGGCCACCUUAACUUUUCUAUCCUGUUGGUAUAGAAAAUAUUCAAUCUGAUGCAUGAUUAUACAACACAUCACCAAAACUUUCAAAGGGUGCUGAUCUGUUUUAUUUACUCCAACUCCAAUCGUGCUUUUGUCUUUUAAUUUAAGAUUAUAGUUGAUAAAAUAUUCUUUGUACCAGCAAAAUUUGGCAUAAUGUGUUGUCAAAUGACAGAGUUUUUCACCCCCUAAUUUGCCAUUUAUUAAUAUUUUAGGAAAUCAGUGAUUUGAAUCGGUUAAUAUUAAUGUAACCAUCAAAGGAAUAUCUUAUCUUUAUAUAAAAGAGGUAUUGAUUACAUGAGAGGUAUAAAUAGGUUGAGCAGAAAGCUAAACCACUUGUGGUGCUGCACUGUGGGCUGUUGAAGGUUGUAGCUGCACAGACGUUUUGUUUGGAUGACACUAUUGAGAUUUGUCUCAUGAAAACGCACUUUAAUGUGACCACAUCAUCAAAACAAUGAUCUCUUGGUUUUAACGGAUUUCUUUUUCAGCAGCACACUGGUGGGAAGAGCACUUUAUCCAUUAAACUGCUCUGUCAGUUUUCCUGCUUUUAACUCACUCACUUCACAUUCUGGACUCUUCCACAGAGACCCAGCCUGCGGCCCUGGGAUGAAGACUUUGCUUGAACUUACUUUCCUCACUAAACAGAUGUUGCUACAUUCAGAGUUCUUGGGCCUAUCACAUUCCCUCUCAUUACUGCUUUUCCCGCCAUCGCUCUUCUUCCAGCUUGCAUAUAUAUAUACAUAUAUAUAUUUUUUUUUUUACAGUCGCUCAUCUUUUCCCUGAUGCUGCCAUUGUUGAACUUAAGACUUAAUACUUCUGUAUCAAGCAGGGUGGCCUACCUGGAUUACCGUUGUUUGUUAGCCCAGUGGCUGGAGGUUUCCCUCUCUGUGACGACUGCCGGGUUCACAGAGCUGACCCUGUAACUCUAAAGCCGCUUUAUGGCGUUCACUGCACCAAAGGUCAUCCCAGCUCCAUGACAUUCUUUGUUUGGUUGGAUUAAAAAAACAAAACAAAACAAAACAGACGCUACAGUGGUUUCCUCGUCUUUGAACAGUAUGGUGCAGCAAGUGAUGACUGAAAGUCCAACCUGUUGAGCUUUGCCUGAAACUGUUGACAAACGUGUGUUGCCACCCUUCACACUGAUGUAUCAUAUGAAGUAAACAUGUUUUAUGUUGGAAUAUUCAAAAAGUCUCUAUGAAAGUAUUCAUGAUACUGUAAACUGUGGUUUUUGUAAAAAGGCAAAAUUAUUUUUAUAAGAAACUAAGUAUUUUUUGAAGAUGUGGAAAUUGUUUACAUUUGAUACCAGAAACUAAAGGGAAAUAAACUCUAUGACACACA